UGGAACAACUGACCGUGAUCAUCGCGCGCAGCGCAGCUCGAGAGGACGUUACAGCACGAGAAGCGCCGCGAUCACAUCAAAUACUGAUCGCAUGUGAAGCGGCAUGGUGACUAUCCGGCUGCCAGGCUCGACACUCAGUGGAUGCGCGCGCUGGAUCAAGAACCAAAGGACGGGAUGAAUUGAGACAUUACGCGCGAGAAGUUGCCGCGGGCGCGCGAGCGUUUUGGUUUGACCUCGGUGGAAAGCAUUUCUGGGACGGACAACUCGGCGAAGAUGGAUCGAUGGAGGAUGUGACCGCGUCUGACUCCGUCCUAACGGGGUCGAUGAAGCCCUCUGCGGUGUCAUGCGUCUUGCCCCGCAGCCAAGCGCGCAACCCCUGCGGCUCAUAGCUGUGCUGCUGCUGGUCGCGGAGGUCGCCCCGUCCCCGGUGCUCUCCUCCGGCUGUCCCGACAGGUGCGUUUGCGACGACCAGCUGGUGGUCCAGUGCGCCGGGCAGCACCUGACGACCUUCCCCGUCAACUUGCCGCUGGCCACGCGGCAGCUCAUCAUCUCCAACAACCGGAUCGUGGAGCUGCCGCCUCUCGCGCUCAACUACCUCUCCGACCUGGUGUACCUGGACUGCAGCAACAACUCGCUGACGGAGAUAUCCGAGUCCACUUUUGGGAAUCUCCGCAAGCUGGCCUACCUGGACCUGUCCUUCAACACCCUGAUGCGCAUCGAGGACCGGACGUUUGGUCCCCUGGCCAGCCUGGUGAUGCUGAGGAUGACGGACAACCCGGGGCUCUCCGAGAUCCACGCGGACGCGUUCGCCGAGAACUGGGCCCUUCAGGUGCUCGACGUGAGCCGGAACAACCUGACGGCGCUGAACAUCUCCUCCCUGCUCGCGCUGCCCGCGCUGCGCUCCGUGGGGCUCAGCGGGAACCCGUGGAGCUGCGAGUGCGACAACGAGGACCUGUGCCUGUGGGUCCACCUGGAGGGCUUCAAGUUCCAAGACGAGGGCCAGACGGUGUGCGGGUCCCCGGCCGACAUGCAGGGCCGCCGCCUGGGCGAGGUGGGCGUCCAGCUGCGGACGCUCUGCCACCAGACGCUGGGCUCCUGGGACUACCUGUUCUUCGUGGUCAUCGGCUUCGUCAUCUUCGCGGCCGGCACGGUGUCGGCCUGGGUGAUGGGCGUCGUCAUGGUGCUCUACGAGCGCUACAUCAAGAAGAAAGACGAGCAGCUGGACACGGACGAGGAGGACGACGGGAACGGGACGGGCCGCAGCUCCAGAGCCAAGGGCGGCAGCAACAACGGGAAUUUGAAAAGCUCACAUACUGUCUGAAGGGCUGAAGCCGAGUUCUGCCCGUCCUGGGUUCCACAGUGCCUCCUGUCAGCUUCCACGACUGAACCUGUAAAACUAACUCAGCUCUGGAAGGGAGGGGAGAUUCAACAGAGACGAGGAAUGUCUUCUGCUUGUCCUAGCUCUUCUUCCAUGUGGUGGAAUGCUGGAGCGGAGAAACACAUCACUUAUGCAAAUCUGACGAUGUUUUCUGGUCUUUUCUGUGCAAUAUUUGAAUGAGAAAUGGUCACGCCUGCUUCAUUUACCUUAGAAAAGCUUCUUUUAUUAUCAGCAACACUGUUUAACCACCGCAUACCGACGAGGAACCGAGAUCCUGUCCACGAGGAAGGAUUCUGUUACAGCUGCCGGCAUUUCUGAAACGUGCACAAGCUGCUCGUUUGGUCAUUUCCGUAGUUUCAGGUCACGACCGGCUGUCCUCACCACGAGAGUCCUGUGUCUGACCUGCUUCCCUCCACAAGCAGAUUUUCUCACCUUUCUCUCUACCUCACCGGACUCCUUCCUUCACUCAGACGGCU